AUGCCUUUUGUAUUUAAUCCAUCUGAAUACAACACUGCUAAAUCUCUUCAUUACUUUAAAACUCUUACUCAACCUACUAUUGUCCACUAUUAUUGCCAAAAAUUCCAUAUUCUUUUUACUUCUAGUAAUCUUAACAUUCCAUCUAGACAAGCAACUCCUCCUUCUUUUUCUCAAAAAUCCACAUAUAUGGAUAUUGAUAUUACAUCUAAACAAGUUAGACAACUUAAAAAAACUAUCCCUCAAUCACCAAUUACAAAAAUAACUACUAUUCUUCCAUUACCAUUUCCUUUGAAUUAUUCUACAACUCAACAAGGAACUUCAUCUAAUCUAACACAAACUCCCCAAAUCCAAGCACAUUCUCAUCAUGCAUAUACUUGUAUUAUUUGUUAA